AAAGUCUCCGUCAACGGCGUCGAACACCCGCAACUCCACGGUCUCCGCGCUCCCUCUCAGCCCAACCCCGUCACCAACGUCAACGACGCCCAGCUAGCCUGUGGUAUCCGAGGCACGCAGUCCAACCAAGUAAUCUCUGUCAAGGCCGGUGACAGAAUUGGCGCGUGGUGGGGCCAUGUCAUCGGUGGUGCUCAAUGGCCCAACGAUCCUGAUCACCCCAUUGCCUCCUCCCACAAAGGGCCCAUCUCAACCUACAUGGCCAAGGUCGACAACGCGGCCACAGCAUCUCCCAACAACCUCAAGUGGUUCAAGAUUUCUGAGGAGGGCCUCAACACUCAGACUGGAAAAUGGGGCGUGGACACCAUGAUCGCCAACAAGGGCUGGUCCUACGCCACGAUCCCUACCUGCCUGGCACCGGGCCACUAUCUACUGCGGCAGGAGCUGUUGGCCUUGCACUCUGCGUACAGCAACAUGGGGGCUCAGUUUUAUCAAUCAUGUGCUCAGCUCAGUGUGUCGGGCAGCGGGAGUCAUGUCCCGAGUGAGACUGUUAGUAUUCCGGGUGCGUACAAGCAGAAUGAUCCGGGGAUUUUGCUGCAGAUUUGGGUGGCUAGUGUGCCGGAUAAUGGGAGGAAGCCGUAUCCUAUUCCUGGACCGAGGCCGAUGACCUGCCCUGCUUAA